AUGAGGUUUUCACCCACUCUAUGGUUGUGUUUAUGUGGAGUAGUGUUCCUGCUUAGCAGUGCCUAUGGCCUCUCAGAAGAAGUCGGCAUACUUUUACAGAUAAAAGAGACGCUGCAGGGUGGUGGAGCUACAGAUUAUCUGCAAGACUGGUCCAACGCCUCUGCUUCAUCUCAUUUCUGUAACUGGCAAGGCGUCAUGUGCAUGUCGACAUCAACAUCGCGCAACGUUAUUUCACUUGCCCUUCCCAGCCGAAAUCUACCUGGCUAUCUUUCUUCUGUGAUUGGGAAACUGAGCUGGUUGGAGGAGCUCGACCUUUCUGGCAACCGAUUAUAUGGGCAUGUUCCACUUGAAUUGGGGAAUUGCACCCACCUUAAGCUGUUAUAUCUCUCCUUCAACUUUUUUAGUGGUGUCAUCCCAUUCUCUCCCGGAAGGCUUGCAAAUCUUGAAGUUCUAAGGGCAGGGUAUAAUCGCUUUACGGGCUCCUUACCACCUGAAAUUGGCAACUGCGCGAAGCUUACAUUUAUCGACUUUCCCUCCUCCAAUCUGAAAGGCACAAACCCAUUAAAAAUCGGUAAACUGAAGAGGCUGGAACAUCUAUAUCUCUAUGAAAACCAUUUGAACGGUUUUAUCCCUUCAAGCAUUGGGAAUUGCUGGGCCCUGCAACUGUUUUCUGCUUAUGGGAACAAUCUAGAAGGUCCCAUUCCAAGAGAAAUUGGUCUCCUCAGUCGCCUCCAAAUUCUAUGGUCGUACAACAAUCUUCUUUCAGGGAAUCUUCCCAAUGGAUUGGGCAACAUGUCAAUGCUGCAAACGAUAGACGUGUCUGUCAACAAUCUUAAUGGAAGUGUACCAGAGGAAAUAGGUACGUUGAAAAGUUUGAGCUUUCUAAACCUUUCGAAUAAUAGUCUUUCCGGCACCGUUCCUGCAUUCUUGGGAAAUCUUACAAGCUUGCAAGUACUAGAUUUGUCUGGAAACCAAUUCAGUGGCACCUUGCCAGCAGCAAUUGGCUAUUUAGAAAAAUUGAGAGAACUAUCUCUCGGACGGAACAGAUUGGAAGGUCAGUUGCUUGCACCGUGGGAGAACCUCACAAGUCUACAAGUAUUAGAUUUGAGAGAAAACCAGUUCAGCGGCAAUUUGACUGAAGGAAUUGGUUUUCUUCCAAAUCUGAGAGAGCUCUACCUGAGAAGCAACAGAUUGAAAGGUGAGUUGCCAGCAUCAUUGAGGAACCUUACAAGCUUAACAAGAUUAGAUUUACGAAAAAACGAAUUCAGCGGCACCUUGCUGUAG